UGCUGCCGCUGCCUUGCCAUGGCGGCGGAGCAGCGUCCGGAUCGGGACCCGGACCGAGAUCCGGUUCCCAGCCCGUCCGUGCUGUUUCUGCACCCAGACCUGGGUGUGGGCGGUGCCGAGCGGCUGGUGCUGGACGCGGCGCUGGCACUGCAGGCGCGGGGCUGUAAGGUGACGAUAUGGACGGCGCACUACGACCCGGGCCACUGCUUUGCCGAGAGCCGCGAGCUUCCGGUGCGCUGCGCCGGGGACUGGCUACCGCGAAGCCUGGGCUGGGGCGGCCGCGGCGCCGCCGUGUGCGCCUACGUGCGCAUGGUGUUCCUGGCGCUCUACGUGCUGUUCCUCGCCGACGAGGAGUUUGACGUGGUGGUGUGCGACCAGGUGUCCGCUUGCAUCCCAGUGUUCAAGCUGGCCAGACGGCGUAAGAAGAUCCUGUUUUACUGUCACUUCCCAGAUUUGCUUCUGACCAGGAGAGAUUCUUUUCUUAAAAGGCUCUACCGGGCCCCAAUUGACUGGCUAGAGGAAUACACCACAGGUAUGGCAGACUGCAUCUUGGUCAACAGCCGUUUCACAGCCACUAUUUUUAAGGAAACCUUCAAGUCCCUGUCUCACAUAAACCCUGAUGUUCUCUACCCAUCCCUGAACGUCAGCAGCUUUGACUCAGCUGUUCCUGAAAACCUUGAUGAUCUAGUCCCCAGAGGGACAAAGUUCCUGUUCCUCUCCAUCAACAGGUAUGAGAGGAAGAAGAACCUCACUUUGGCCCUGGAAGCCCUAGUCCAGCUGCGGGGAAGACUAGCGAGUCAGGACUGGGAGAGCGUUCAUCUGAUCAUGGCAGGUGGUUAUGAUGACAGAGUCCUGGAGAAUGUGGAACACUAUCAGGAAUUGAAGGAACUGGUCCAGCAGUCAGACCUGAGCCAGCAUGUGACCUUCCUGAGGUCUUUCUCAGACAAGCAGAAGAUCUCCCUCCUCCAUGGCUGCACGUGUGUGCUUUAUACUCCGAGCAAUGAGCACUUUGGCAUCGUCCCUCUGGAGGCCAUGUACAUGCAGUGCCCGGUCAUUGCUGUGAAUUCAGGUGGUCCCUUGGAGUCCAUUGUCCACAGUGUCACAGGGUUCCUGUGUAAGCCUGACCCGGUGCACUUCUCAGAAGCAAUAGAAAAGUUCAUCCGUGAACCAUCCCUCAGAGCCACAAUGGGCCUGGCUGGAAGAGCCAGGGUCAAGGAGAAGUUUUCCUCGGAAGCAUUUACGGAACAGCUCUACCAGUAUGUCACCAAACUGCUGGUGUAAACAGAUUCUUUAUGGUCUUGAUGCUGCAGUCACUGGUGUCAUUUUUUAUGGAUUGGACAACCACUUUUGAAACAAACAACAACAACAAAGCAAGUCUAGAGUAAUGCAAGGGAUUUUAUUUUUUUCAAAUAAACUUGAGUCUGGAAUAUGAGCUACCUUUCUAGCUACAUACUUCCCUGUUAUUUUUUCAGAUAAUAGGAUCUUUUAUGCUACAAUCAUUCCAGGUUGUACCAGUGUUAUAAAAUUUAUAGAAUUCCACUUUUAGAAAGCAGUUCACUGGGUAAUGGUUCCUCUGCAUAUAAAUACUUAGUCAUAUUGUGCCUUAAUUGAAUUUAAUAGUUGACUUCAGAGCAUAAUGGGAACAGUAUUUCUGGUUCUUACAUUCAGUCCACUAAAGUGUUCACUGUCAACUGUUAGGAAAUUUCUGUUAAGAGUUUUGCCUGGAUCCAUAGCAAAAGUGCUCAGUUCUUGUUUUUACAGAGAUGGUUUAUUGCACUUUUGCAUACAGAAACAUGACAAUAAAAGAUGAAGUAGUGGCCUCCA